CUGCUACAGUUCUGGAGCACAUGUUGACCACAGAGCAGAGAAGAGAGCUGCCCAAGACCCUGACUGACAUGUACUCACACUUCCUGCUUGUUCAGACAAAGACACAGAAGCACAAGUACCAUGAGGGACGUGAGACGAGUCCACAGGAGCUGAUGGAGGCUGACAGUGAAGUUCUUUUGAAGCUGGGGAGGCUGGCCUUUGAAAAUCUGGAGAAAGGAAACAUCAUGUUCUACCGAGAAGACCUGGAGCUGUGUGGUCUGGAUGUCACAGAGGCCUCAGUGUACUCAGGAGUUUGUACAGAGAUCUUCAUACGAGACUGUGUGAUAUUCCAGAAAUCAGUCUAUUGCUUUGUUCAUCUGAGCAUUCAGGAGUUUCUGGCUGCAGUCUACAUGUUUCACUGUCAUACUAACAGAAAAACAGAAGUGCUGAAGCAGUUUCUAGGGAAUGGUGAACAUGUUUAUUGUGGUGACAUCUCAUCUUUAGAUGUCUUUCUGAGCAGAGUCAUACAGAAAUCCCUCCAAAUUAAAAAUGGACACCUGGACCUGUUGGUGCGAUUCCUUUAUGGUCUCUCUCUGGAGUCCAACCAGAGACUCUUAGGAGGUCUGCUAGGCCAGACAGAGAGCACUCCAGAAAUUAUACAGCGAAUCAUCAGCAACCUUUGCAAGAUAACCAAUGAGAAUACCUCUCCUGACAGAUGCAUCAACAUCUUCCAUUGUCUGAUGGAGAUGAAGGAACUCACAGUACAUCAGGAGAUUUUGGAGUUUCUGAAGUCCAAAAACAGAUCAGAGAAGGAGCUUUCUGAGAUCCACUGCUCAGCUCUGGCCUACAUGCUGCAGAUGUCAGAGAAGGUUUUGGAUGAGUUUGUCCUGAAGAAGUAUAACACAUCAGAUGAGGGACGAAGGAGACUGAUUCCUGCUGUGAGGAACUGUAAAAAGGCUCAACUCUCUGGCUGUAAACUGUCAGAGACUCACUAUGAAAUCGUGGCCUCAGCUCUCAUGUCCAACCCCUCCCAUCUGACAGAGCUGAACCUGAAUGGAAACAAACUGCAGGAUUUAGAGGCAAAAAACAUUUUUGCUGCUCUGGAGAGUCCAAACUGCAGACUGGAGACUCUGAGUUUGGAGGGCUGCAGUUUGUCAGCGAUCAGCCAUGUUGCUCUAUUCUCUGCUCUGAAAUCAAACCCCUACCAUCUGAAAGAUCUGGACCUGAGCUACAACAACAACCUGGAUGAUUCAGGACUGAAACAGCUGUGUUGUUUUCUGGAAAGUCCACACUGUAGACUGGAGUCUCUGAGAUUGGAGCUCAGCGGUUUGUCGCCAGAAAGCAGUGUUGCUCUGGUCUCAGCUCUGAAGUCUAACCCCUCCCAUUUGAAAAAAUUGGACCUGACUCAUAAUGACCUGCAGGAUUCAGGAGUGAAACAACUAUAUGGUUUUCUGGAGAGUUCAAACUGUAGACUGGACACUCUGAGACUGGAGCUCUGCAGUUUUUCAGAGAUUGGCUGUUCUUCUCUGGUUUCUGCUCUUAAGUCCAAUCCCUCCCAUCUGAAACACCUGGACUUGGGUGGAAACGAGAUUCAGGAUUCUGGAGUGAAGCAGCUGUGCAGUUUUCUGGAGAUUCCUCUAUGUAGAUUGGAGACUCUGAUUCUGUGGUGCUGCAGUUUGUCAGAGAUCAGCUGUGCUACUCUGGUCUCUGCUUUAAGGGCCAACCCCUCCAAUCUGAAAUGUCUGGAUUUGGGUGUAAAUAAGCUGCAAGAUUCAGGAGUGAAGCAUCUCUGUGGUUUUCUGGAGAUUCCUCUCUGUAGACUGGAGACUCUGAGACUGAGGCGCUGCAAUUUGUCAGUGAUCAGCUGUGCUGCACUGGUCUCUGCUCUGAGGUCCAAUCCUUCACAUCUAAGAAUCCUGAACCUGAGUGACAACAACCUGAAGGAUUCAGACGUUAAGCAACUGUCUAAACUUGUGAGGAGUCCACAGUAUAAACUGGAGACCCUGAGCUGGCAAUGAUGAUCUUGGCAAUGGUGACAGUGUAUAAUGUAAGUGGAUGAGCUGUGUUCUGAUGAUCCCAAGAAACUGAAGCAGCAGCAGCAGCGUGUGUGUUACUAGGAGGUGAUAUGGAGAGUUAAGCUUCAUCCAAAGAGAAGUCGAGGUGACUGAUAGUGCUGGAGAGUGAACUCUUCUAAGAGUCUUCUAAGUCUAUUCUUCUGACAGCUGCACUGAAGAAAAGACACAUCAAGGGGGAAAGGGACACAUUCAUUAUUAUUAUUAUUAUUAUUAUUAUUAUUAUUAUUAUUAUUAUUAUUAUUAUUAAUAAUAAUAAUAAUAAUAAGAAGAAGAAGAAGAAGAAGAAGAAGAAGGAGAAGAAGAAAUAUUGCUAUUACCAAUAAUCAAUUUAUAUAAAAAUGAAUGAAAAAAAUAUCAAUACUGAGCCUUUUAAUGAAGGACACUGUAAAUACUGGUGUAAGUAUAUGCUCAUAUUAUUAGAUAUUAUUCUUUUUAUUUUGUUGCUUUUCAAAUAAGUACUUUCAGUUUAACUUCAUUUUAAAUGUUAUUCAGCUUUUGCUUUAUAUUCUGUGCUAUAAAUAAAUCUAUGAUGACACUA